UUCCGUACGUUUUGACGUACACGGAUAUACGUACGCGGAACCUCAGUUGUAAACAAAAACGGACAAUCACAACUUUCCUUUUCUGAGCUAGAACAUAAUAAAAACAAACACUGGUUUAUCUCGUCAAUUAGAGUUUUUUAAAGGUUGCAGACGUGUGGUAGUCUUUCAUGAAGCGCCUGCUCACUGCCACAGGGAGACGCACUGUGGUGUUGUAGGCCUGCAGACACGAGUGCGGCCAACAUGUCGAGGAAACAGACGCACAAAUCUGUGCGGAGCAAUAAAAAGAGCGAAUUGGAGCGCAAGAGGGAUGAAAGGGCAGCACGUCGGGCCAUCGCGAAAGACCGCAAGAACCGCCCUCAGGAUGGCGAUGAAGGUGCAGAGUUUGUCAGUUUCUCCAAUCAGCUGCAAGCACUGGGGCUCAAGCUGAGAGAAGUCCCUGGAGAUGGGAAUUGUCUGUUCAGAGCUCUAGGCGACCAGUUAGAGGGUCACUCCCGGGGCCACCUGCGUCUUCGCCAGGAAACUGUUGAUUAUAUGACAUCCCAUCGACAAGACUUUGAGCCCUUUGUUGAGGAUGACGUUCCCUUUGCACAGCACUUGGCCAAUCUUUCUCAGCCUGGUACUUUUGCUGGCAAUGAUGCCAUUGUGGCGUUUGCUCGCAGUCAACAGGUGAAAGUGGUUAUCCAUCAGCUCAACACUCCGCUGUGGGAGAUCAACGGUUCAGAGAAGCAGGUGUGCCGAGAGCUACACAUUGCCUACCGCUAUGGAGACCAUUAUGACAGCGUGAGACGGAUAGGAGACAACUCUGAGAGUCCUGCUCAGCUCCGCAUAGAGAAUAUGCAGAAUUCACAUGGACAGCAGCGUGAGUUUGGGGACGGUCAGAGAGACAGGCACAAAAAGUCUUCUCCUACAGCGUCAGAGGAGGACAACGUGAUCCUGAGCUCCAUCAAGAAUCGAGGGAUCCAGGGUGAUGAGGAGAACUUACUUCAACUGAGUGCAGCAACAAUCAACGCUGAGUGGCUUGUUGGCUCUGCGGUGGGCCAGUCCUGCCAGGGGCAGUGUGCCUCUGGAUCCUGUUCAGCCUGCAGAGCUGCAGCCGCUCACUGCAGUGAUCCCACCCAGACAGCAGAGGGCAGCAACUUUCAAAAAUCCAAGGUCUCCAACAAGCAGAGGAAAGAGCAGCAGCGGCUCGAGAAAAAGAAGCGUCAGGAGGAGCGGCAUCGACAGAAGUUCCUCCAGAGUAAAGGAAGCCAGGACCAGAACCAAAACCUGCCAGACUCUGUUACUUUAGUACCAGCUCUGAACACUCUCAGCAUAUAGACUGGAGCAUGGCCAAAAAUACCUUCUGCUACUCUUGCUACCGGUGGCUGUCCACAAAGUUUUGCACAUAGUCAAAAUUUCAGUCACAUUGGAUAACUUUUCCUAAGGAGAACCCUCUAGCAUCUUUGCAAAGAGUUUAACGGUGCCUGUAAGCUGGUGUGUGUGUGUGAGAUGGAUGGGCGAAUGUUGUAAGAGACGAGCGAAAGCGCAUGAGUAUCAGUAUUUCUGUUGGGAUUUUGAUUUAGUUCCAUCCAUUCCUGGUGUUGGUGUAUGUAGAAACUGCUCAGAUGUGGUCUAAGUACUACGUUAUCUAACUCCUUUCUAUUCUGGACAUCGGGCUUUUCAUGACUACCACACAGACAAUCUUGCACAGCCAGGCUUUUUGAUUUGCCACAGACAUGAGUUUAUUCUGAUGUUCGUUCUGUCUGUGAUCGAAGAAUGGAUUCAUUAUUGGGGGGGCGGGGGUGGGGGGCAGACGAAAUGAUUGUUAUACACAAUGUGUGUAAGGAACGU